GGCGAAUACCGGAAAUCUUUGUUCUCUGUCGUUCUUUUUAGAAUUUGACACACGUGCCGCGUGGAGUUUUGCCCCGCAGCACAAUGGUCGCGACUACAGACAAGAAGCCCGCUGAGAAGAAGGUGGUGAAGGGUAAAGAGGACAGCAAGAAGCUGCCCGCAGUCCCUGAGUCAGUCCUUAAGCACCGCAAGCGCAGGGAAGCACUCAAAACCCGCAGACUACAGGUGACCCUUAAAAGACGUUCAGCCGCCGUCAAGAAAAGGAAAGAAAUCUUCAAGAGGGCAGAGCAGUAUGUCAAAGAAUACAGAAUCAAGGAGCGCGAUGAGAUCAGGCUAGCUAGACAAGCACGCAACCGCGGCAACUACUAUGUUCCCGGUGAGGCUAAACUCGCGUUCGUCAUCCGUAUCCGUGGUAUCAACCAGGUUUCACCCAAGGUACGCAAAGUCCUGCAGCUAUUCAGACUGCGUCAGAUCAACAAUGGUGUCUUUGUUAAACUGAACAAGGCCACCGUCAACAUGCUCAGGAUCGCGGAGCCCUACAUCACGUGGGGUUACCCCAACUUGAAGAGUGUGCGCGAGUUGAUCUACAAGCGCGGUUUCGCCAAAGUGAAGGGCCAGCGAGUGGCCAUCACGUCCAACAAGAUUGUUGAGGCCAAGCUCGGCAAGAGCAACAUUAUCUGUGUGGAGGAUCUCAUCCACGAGAUCUUCACUGUCGGUGAUAAGUUCAAGUACGCCAGCAACUUCCUGUGGCCCUUCAAGUUAAACAACCCAACCGGAGGCUGGCGCAAGAAGACCAUCCAUUAUGUGGACGGAGGUGACUUUGGUAACCGCGAGGACAAGAUCAACGAGUUGUUGAGGAGGAUGGUUUAAAUAUAUAUAGAUAUACAUUUA